GAGUCUACAAACAGGAAGAUGGAGCAGCUGAGACAAGAGUAUAAGGAAAUGAAGGCUCUUAUUGAUGCAGCUGAGGCCAGCUCCACACAAAAGAUAAAGGAGGAGGAGGAGAGGGUCAGCAGCAAGUUCGACACCAUUUAUCAGGUUCUCCUGAAGAAGAAGAGUGAGAUGAACAACCUGAAGGCUGAGAUUGAGCUCAGCCUGACCAAAGGGGAUGAGUUUGAGUUUCUGGAGGUGAGUGACCUCUCCCUACCAUCGAGUGUUCAUUGUAGUUGGGACCUCAUAGAGUUGGAGACAGGGGAGGUCAGUGGCCAUGCACGUCCUUGAGAUGCCCUGUAUUUCUGUACUGUCACAGCUUACCCAAAUGUAGGAGCUUAGAACAUCUGUUUAUUAUCUCAGUGUUCUCUUGGCUCAGGAUCUGAGCAUGGUUUCCCAGGUUGUCAGCCUAGGCUCUCACAAGGCUGCAGUCUAGGAGCAGGCGGGGCUGUAUUGAUAUUGAAGCCCAGGGUUGUUUUCCAAGCACGCCUGGUUACUGGCAGAGUUUAGUUCCUUGGGGCUGUAGGUCAAGGUUUCCACUUCCUUGCUGGCUGGCAGCUGAGGCCUUCUCUCAACUUGGCAGCUUGCUUCCUCCAGCCCACAGAACUGUUUCUCCUUCUAGGAAGGCCCCCGUUCCUCUUUUAAGGGCUUUUACCCUAUAAGUCUUGCCCACCCAGGAUAAUCACCCUUUUGAUGAAUUCAUUCGACUGGUUUGACAUCUUAAUUGCCUCUGAAGUGUUCUUCCUCUUGUGCCUUGUAAACUUAUCCUGAGGUAAUGCCCUUUCCUGUCCCAGUCCUGCCUGUGCUCAAGGGGAUGGUUACAGAGGAUGUGUAUGAGGGUGGGAAGCUUGGAACCUCCAUCCUCUCCCAUCAUUCCCCACAUGGCCCCGGGAGUGUCUUUCUGAAGCUCUGCCCCCGUUCUUUCUGGCCUCAUGCUUCUUAGCACAGCCCGUGCAGUCCUUGCUGUCCAGGCUUGGCCUCAGCUGUCUAACUCAUCUCCUGCCAGCACCCCUAGCCUAUGCCUUGUGUUCUGACCGCAGCAGAUACUUCACUCUUCAAUCCCCAGACACAGGAAGGCGGGAACUGCUGUGCUGACUGGCUCUACUUAGUGGAUCAUGUCCUUUUUCCAGGACCAGCUCCAGCCACACACCCUGCCCCGAUGGGUCCUGUUGUUACAGAUUAGUGGUGUUGCAGAGUGUGUCCCCUUACCCUACCAUAGCACUGAGGAUACAAUUUCAGAUAUGCUUAUUUUUGUGCAUCCUGUGGCAGUAAGCUACAUCUUAUCACUGCCUUCUCCUUGCCUGUGAGUGCAGAGCCCAGAGCAUUCAGGGGCUGUCCAGUGAGCCACCCGGUUUGGUGUCUUGCCACUAACCUCCAAGGACCCAGAUUCCCUUGCUUAGUACAGGAGUAUUGGAACCUUGU